AUUUGGUCUAGUCUAGGUUGUCUAUGAAUUGUGAUAACUGCAUUCUAUUACUACCCACAGUAUUUCAUAUUGUUGAGUCUGAUUGUGUAGCACAAACACCAAUAACGCUUGGAGAUCGCUUCGUUGGGGGCAUUGAGAUGGGUUUGCCACGGUUUGGGCGUCCUAAGAAUGACGGUGAAUUGAGUUCGAACCUUUUCGUGGCCAAUUGUGGGUCCGCAGUGGGGCUCUCUGACGAUGACAUUGCAUCUGUGUUCUGCAAAUUUGGAGAGCUGAAGGGAGUUUAUGCAGCAGAUGAGAGUGGGACACGUGUCAUUGUAGCUUAUGUUGAAGAGGGUUCUGCACAAGCUGCCUUAAAGGCAUUACAUGGACAAUCAUGUCCUGAACUUGGAGGUCGAUCUUUGCAUAUCCGUUACUCUGUGCUUCAGCCAACUCCACAGGAUCAAGCUAGUGACUUGGUUCCUGUAUCUAUCACAGCAUCAGAUGUGAGCAUUCCAGGCCUUUUCCUAGUGCAUGACUUCAUUAGUGCUAAAGAAGAAGAGGAGUUGCUUCAAGCUGUUGACUGUAGGCCUUGGAACAGUCUUUCAAAAAGAAGGGUUCAACACUAUGGUUAUGAGUUUCGUUAUGAUAUUAGGAAUGUUAAUACCAGACAUUGCUUAGGUGAACUUCCAUCAUUUGUUUCUCCAAUACUUGACAGAAUCUCAUCAUGUCCAACUUUCGAGAAUGUUAAAAAUAUAGUUUUGGACCAACUUACGGUAAAUGAGUACCCACCUGGAGUGGGUUUGUCCCCCCAUAUAGACACUCACUCUGCAUUUGAAGAUUUAAUUUUCAGCCUUUCAUUAUCAGGGCCUUGUAUAAUGGAGUUCAGACGAUAUGAAAAUGGUGAUUGGCUUCCCAGAGUUGCCUCAAGUGCUGUUGCAAAAAUAGAAAAUCCAGAAGACCAAUCAAAUUUUAUAAGAAGGGCUAUCUAUCUUCCCCCUCGAUCUUUGCUUCUCUUGUCUGGAGAAGCACGUUAUGCAUGGCAUCAUUACAUUCCACACCACAAGAUAGACAAAGUGAAUGGCAAAGUCAUCAGAAGGGCUUCAAGAAGGGUAUCUUUUACAUUUCGAAAGGUUAGAGAAGGUUUGUGCAAAUGUGAAUUUCCUCAGUAUUGCGAUUCUCGAAGAUAAGGUUUCACCGAGGUGGCAAGAAGGUUUACAAUGUAAUGCAUCAAAUAUUUCUCAUUGAGAUAUUCUGCAUUUGUUUGUUGUUCCUUUAUAGACCACCAGUUCUCUGCCACCACAGCUUCAUUCAGUAAUCUUUAUCAUCAAUCGAUGUGAAUACACUUAACAUGGUAGAACUCUGACAACCGCCUUGGCUUGUGGCUUCAGGCUUCAAAUCAUGUUAUCCUCUUGCCUCCAAUUUCAACUUCCAAGACGCAACAUUUCUAUUUCUACAAGCCCGUAAUUGGAUUUUUGUUUCCCUCUGAUUAGUGUGGAGUUCUGCAUGAAAUAUAUGCUAUAACUGUUAACUUGUGGAAUAGGGAUCAAGAGCGAUAUGUGGUUGACUGCUGAGGAUAAAAACUUCUCUAUAGCUUAUACCCAUCCAUUUAAAUAUUCUCAAUCCGAUAGGCAUCGUCUCAUUUGUACCGGUACACUCAGUUGUUUAUGUAAAAUUUCUUUGUGAUGAAUUGGUUUUACUCGAACAAACAUUAAAGAAUAACAAUGAAGGUAAUAAAUAACAAGAUGGGAAGAUAUAGAGACUUGAGCUAA